CAAGAUGGCCGACGUGAAGCUGAAUGCAGACUAGCAACAAGAAAACAAUAACAUAUUGGACUAGAACACCGCGACUUUAGUAUUGGAAAGUGACUGACGACAAAGUUAUAUAUUCCUGCCUCAAAUUGACUGGAUAAAAUUAUUAUUAUCGGUUUUAUUUUUGUAAACGGUCACAAUCUAUCAACUUUGGCAUUUGACUCGCCUGAUUGAAUUUGAUCUGUUCAUUGUUGAUCGCGGUUGUGACAUUGAUCAGUUUUCAAUUUGGAUUUGUGUACCCCCGUGUAACGGACAUGGCGGAUUACUAUAGCUCAUUCUCCGAAGAAGACGAAGAUUUAAAAAUAGCAGAUCUGGGAAUGCCAAUUGUCGAUAUUCCUACGGCCACAGAAGAAAAUGGACAUGAAACGCGAAGACUACAUGAGAGUACUGAUGAAUUCACAUCCGACGAAGAAGAGAUGACUUCUACAAGAAAUAAAUUGACAGGAAAAAGAAAGAAACACCAAAAACCGAACAUGACACCGCCUGAAGUGCAGUUGGAAUCUACAGAGAAGAGAGCAAAAAAAUAUAUGAAAAAAAAACACGUUGACAGAGCCAUGGUUAAUUUGAUACAGUGUGUCGCCUUGUCCAGAAUAGUGUAUGGAGAUGGUCAUUGGAGAUUAGCCGAAAGUCAUGCUAAUUUAGCACAUGGUUAUCUACUGUUACGAGAUUUACCAAACCAGGCCUAUCACCAUGCUGAUAUUGCAAAGGCCAUUUUAUUAAGCGGUGUACAUACAUCUAAUUCAGCUGACGAAAAAUCAGCGUUACUGUACGUGCUAAUCAAGGUCUACUACGUGCUCGGCAGAUCACUGACUAUGCAGAAAAAAUUCACCGAAGCUGAGCAGAAUUUACAAAAAGCUGAAAAAAUCUCUGAUGAAAGAAGCAGACUCCCAGGUAUUGAUGAAUAUGAGCAAGCAGAUAUCAAUAUUAAAAUUUCAAUAGCACUCGGCAAGGUUUGCAUCAGCCAGAGUAAGACUGCGUUUGGCACCAGCUGUUUUGAAAAAGCAAUUAAAUUAAUACAACGUAAUUAUGGUAAAGAUAAUGUAGAGCUCAUACCUGUAUACCAAGAUCUCGGCAGAUUGGAGCUAAGUAAAGGCAAACAUGCGAACCAUGAGAGAGCGUUAGAGAUGUACUUACAAGCGCAUUCAAUAGCCUCUGCCGGAUACAAAGGUCAGAGUAAAGAAGUGGCACAGUCAGCACAUACAUUGGCGUUGGCGUAUGCAGAGACUGGUACAGAGGAAUCUGAGAUUUCUGCUGAGCGAUACCUGGACGAGAGUCUUGGCAUACAUCAGUUGGUGUACGGUCCUCACCAUCAGAACACGUUACAAGUACAGGACGAUUUAUGUAAAUUACUACUGAGGACAGACAGACAAGAGGAGGCAAUCACUAUAUUGAAAACAAUCAUCGAGUCAAAAUCUGCAUGCUAUGGUGAGAUGAGUGAAGAGGUAGCAGACGCUUACAAGUUGUUUGGCUCUAUCAGGUUAUCGCAGGGUAAAAUGGAUAAGGCACUCAAGCAUUUCAGGAAGUGUCAUAGCAUUCAGACUGCAAUGUACGGUAGCAAUCACAAGAAACCUCAGAAUACACAGCAAACAAUUGAUAUGUUAUUACAGUCUCCAUCAUUGGCUGCUAAAAAUGCUCAAAGUAAAGAAGAACAGUUGAAACACAGACCCAGAUUCAACGCAACCGUUGGAAGAGCCACUCCAUUGGGUGGAACAAAAUCAUCACAAUUUUAACCAAUAAGUUAAUCAAAUCAUGUCUUUUGAAUUAGGUCAUAGUUCACAUUGCUGCUCAGCCAAUCAAAUCAUGAACAUAAAUGUACUGGUAUACAACGUAUGCUAGACUGGCAGUUUUAUUGUUUUAUAUAAUUCCUUAAAGAACAAGUUUGUAGGUUAGUGUGAAAUUUCCACGUCUGGUCUGUUCCACCUAGCCCUCUAUAGUUGCCACCUCAUUUUUGAGGGGAUAAAUAUGCUAAUGAGUAGCAUGAAUUGCAAGUGCCAACCAAUAAAAAUGGCAGCCUUUGAUCUGACCUGUUCUAUGCAACUGUGACCUAACACUUAGAAUGUGCGUGUCUA